UAGCACUUAAAAUAAAAAUUUAUGUGUGUAGCUUCGAAGCCGACAUUUUUCAGAGAGAAAAAAAAAAAAUUGAGUAUAUUAAAAUCAAAUUCUCUAUUGCAAAUAAAAUCUAAAAAACUACGAAUUUUCAAAUUGUACAAACUCACAUCAAUCCCAAUUGAUGCUAUUUUAAUUAAACAUGGUUUCUAAGAGUGGAUAUAUGCCUACUGUCCGAAGACAAAAUCUGCCGCGAGCUGCUAAAAUGUUCAAGCAAAACUCGCCAAUGAACGGUCCCAAUGGACUCAAUGCAAUGUUCAAUGCCAGCCAAAUACCAGAUAAUCCUGGCUACAUGGACUUUAAUAAUCCAACUCCACCAAUUGCCGCCCCAAAUUCAGGUAUAAAUAAAAAAAUGACUCAUGCCACCGGUGGCCGACCACAAAGAAAUAUGAUGCCACCACCAAGAAAUAUUGGCGAACCACACCGAAAUAAUUGGUCAGUUGGUCGUAAUGGCCGUGGUGGCGCACCUAUGCGACACAAUCAUCCAAAAUUUGGUGGCGGUGGAGGAGGAAACAGACAAUUCAAUGGCAUGAACAUGCCCCGCAGACCAAUGCCACCGAUACCGCCCAUGCCAAUGCGAGGACCAAUGCCGCCAAUUCCCAUUGAUCCGAUGGCCAAUCAUUUUAAUGUCAUACCACCGAUGAUGCGUAAUAAUAUGGUUGGUGUGAGGCCAGGACCUCCGUUGCCACCAAUCCCACCGCCAAUGAUGCGGAGGUCUAGAAAUGCACCCCCUCCGCCUAUGAGACGUGGAAAUAAUGCCAUUGCACCGUCUCGUAUUAUAAAACACAGACGAAAUGGUAAACCAAUUAAAGCGGCUGCUGCCGCUGCAUCCGUUACCAAAAGUGAUGUUCCUUCUAAGAAAACAUUAAAAGAAAUUAUCAAUCAAUAUCCAUUGGAUAAGCCAUGGGUAACUGAAGAAAUUCGACAGGAACACAAUAAGAAGGAGAAUAUUGAAAACAGAUUGAAGGGCAAAAAGAAUGAUGAAUUGUUUGCCGCUUUUAAAGUACAACGCGACAAGUUCGUGGCUUUAUAUGAAGCUGCUCGUACCAAGCACUUGGAGGAUACUAAAUCAAAGGAUAAUGAGACGGAACCGGACAAAAAAAAUCGCUGAAAAUAAAAAUUUUAAAAGUUAAAAUAAAUAUAUAUACAUAUAUAUAUUAUCUAAAAGUAAACAUGCACAUUAAAUUUUAUUAAAUUUCUCUUGAAAUACCUUAAA